AUGGGCUUCAGAAUUACCACCUGGAAUGUCAACGGCAUUCGCAACCCAUUCGGGUACCAGCCAUGGCGAGAUAAGAAGACUUUCGAUGGCAUGUUCGAAGUGCUGGAGGCCGAUAUUGUGGUCUUCCAGGAGACCAAAAUCCAGCGCAAGGACCUCCGCGAUGAUAUGGUCCUCGUGCCAGGGUGGGACAACUAUUGGAGCCUCCCAAAGCACAAAAAAGGAUAUUCGGGAGUCGUCAUCUACACCAAGAACGCUACAUGCGCCCCAAUCAAGGCAGAAGAAGGCAUUACCGGCAUUCUCACGCCGCCCAGCAGCAGCACCAGCUUCAGAGACUUGCCCGAAGACCAACAGAUCGGCGGAUACCCAACAGUUUCACAGCUGACCUUAUCCGAAAUAGAUGCGACAACACUUGACUCGGAGGGGCGUUGUGUCAUCCUCGAAUUCCCUGCGUUCGUUCUAAUCGGGACCUAUUGCCCAGCCGAACGCGACGAAACGCGGACCGAGUUCAGACGUGGCUUCCUACAAGUCCUGGAUGCACGAAUCCGAAAUCUCGUUAAGAUGGGCAAGAAGGUCAUCUGGACGGGAGACUUGAACAUAUCACGGGAGGAGAUCGACACAGCUAUGGCGGAAGAGAUGAUGCGGAAGAAUGAUGUGGAUCCGGUUGGCUGGAUUUCGACCCCAGCCAGGAGGCUCUUCAAUCAGCUGCUCGUGGGCGGAAAGGUGUACGGUGAACGAGACGAAGGAAAAGAAGACUCAAUCAUGUGGGAUGUUUGUCGCGGGUUUAAUGAGGGGAGAGCAGGAAUGUAUACCUGCUGGGAGACCAAGGUCAACGCAAGACCAGGCAAUUACGGUGCCAGGAUCGACUACGUGGUAUCUACUUACGACAUGAAGGACUGGUGGGCAGACUCAAACAUCCAGGAAGGUCUCAUGGGGUCCGACCACUGCCCCGUGUACGCUACAUUUGAGGAUCGCAUGGUGGUGGAUGGCACGGAGAAGCAUAUUCUUGACAUUGUCAAUCCGCCCGGGCUUUUCAUGGACGGUGUCAGGCAGCAAGAAUGGACGAACAAGCUGCUCUUGCCAAUGUCUGGAAAGCUCAUUCCUGAGUUUGACCGGCGCCGUAAUAUUCGCGACAUGUUCUCCAGGACGCCUUCGAUGACAAAGACGAAAACGACCGAAGAGCAGCUCAGCACACAGCAAUCCACAACAUCAACAGCCACGCUCUCUCUGCAAGGGAGCCCGGAGCGCAGCAGGCCGGAAGCGGCCAACCCCCAAAACGGCAAGCGGCCUGCGAAGGCAGAUCUUCCACCGCCUCCGGUCAAAAAGGCGAAGUCAACGCCGCAAACAAACUCAAAUGGUCUGUCCAAGGGUCAGAAAAGCCUCAGAGGCUUUUUCACUUCUAAGACACCGCCUGCACCAGAUAACUCGGUGACCGAAUCACCGACGAAGACUCAUACUCAGCGAGAACCCGAAGAUGAAGCACCUUCCAGCGUCGCUGGAAGUGUUGACGGUGUGUCUGAUCAGUUACUCGUGCCGUCCCCUUCGAAGACCGACAUUUCAGUCAGCGAAGCCGAUGUCGAGGCCGCCGAGGCUAGUAGCUUUGCAACCAAGCAGAGCUGGGGCAAGCUCUUUGCUAAACCAGUCGCCCCUAAAUGCGAACAUAACGAGCCAUGCAAGACGAUGCAGACGAAGAAAGCUGGCGCCAACCGCGGUCGAUCUUUCUGGAUGUGCAAUCGCCCACUCGGUCCCAGCGGUCAGAAGGAGCGUGGCACGCAAUGGCGGUGCGGUACGUUCAUCUGGUGCAGCGACUGGGAUGCGCACAGCGGAGAGCCUCCUUGA